GUUCUUUCUUCCUCACCUCAACGAUUCUCCUUCGAGCUUACCAGGAACAGGCUUCUGUAGGAGGGACCUGACGGAGCAACUCCAACUUAACGCCAAUGGCUGCUUACCCCGGCGUAACGCUGCUGGUUCAGGACCGCCAUGUGGUACUUGACAAUGGGAUCGUCCAAGUCACUUUGUCCAACCCGGAGGGCAUCGUCACAGGCAUUAAGUACAAUGGCAUUGACAAUUUGCUAGAAAUCCUCAACGAAGAAGUGAACAGAGGGUACUGGGACCUAUACUGGAAUGAACCGAAUGGGCCAGGAAUCUUUGAUGUGAUAAAAGGAACAAGUUUUAGUGUGGUCGUACAGAAUGAGGACCAAGUUGAGGUCUCCUUCACAAGGACAUGGGAUGCUUCUCUCAAGGGCAAGCUUGUCCCUCUCAAUAUAGAUAAAAGGUUUAUCUUGCUCCGCGGCCAAUCGGGAUUUUAUAGUUAUUCUAUCUUUGAACAUUUGGAAGGGUGGCCCGACUUCAAUGUUGCUGAGAUAAGGAUCGCUUUUAAGCUAAGGAAAGACAAAUUCCACUACAUGGCUAUAGCAGACAAUCGCCAAAGGAUAAUGCCCAUGCCGGAUGAUCGCUUGCCUGGCCGAGGUCAACAACUGGCUUACCCUGAAGCGGUGCUGCUUGUGAACCCGACCAACCCUGAUCUUAAGGGAGAGGUGGAUGAUAAAUACCAGUAUUCUUGUAAUAACAAGGAUAACAGAGUCCAUGGAUGGAUCUGCACCGACCCUCCGACCGGAUUCUGGUGCAUCACGCCCAGCGACGAAUUCCGAACCGGAGGCCCCGUCAAGCAAAAUCUCACUUCUCAUGUCGGGCCUACCACUCUUGCUAUGUAUCAUAGUGCUCACUAUGCUGGGGAUGAUCUUGUUCCCAAAUUUCGAGAUGGUGAGCCCUGGAAGAAGGUUUUUGGUCCUGUUUUUAUCUAUCUUAAUGCAACGAUAGCUGGAUCAGAUUAUGGAUCAGAAUCUCUUCUUUGGCAGGACGCAAAGGCACAGAUGAUGCUUGAAGUGCAAAGCUGGCCAUAUGAUUUUCCAGCUUCAGAAGACUUUCCCAUUUCUGACGAGCGAGGUUUGGUUAGUGGAAGACUAAUGGUUAAGGACAGGUAUGUUAGACAGGAACCAUUCUCUGCAGAUUCUGCUUAUGUGGGCUUAGCUUUACCUGGAGAAGCUGGGUCUUGGCAAAGGGAAUGCAAGGGAUAUCAAUUUUGGAGCAAAGCUGACUCUGAUGGUUUCUUCACCAUUAAUAAUGUUCGAGUUGGAAAUUACAGUCUUUAUGCAUGGGUCCCUGGAUUCAUUGGAGAUUACAAAUAUGAUGUAAUUGUUAACAUCUCUUCAGGAUGUGAGAUUGAUUUAGGUGACCUGGUGUAUGAGCCUCCACGAGAUGGUCCUACCUUGUGGGAGAUAGGGAUUCCUGACCGUUCUGCUGCAGAGUUCUAUGUUCCUGAUCCCAACCCAAAUUAUGUCAACAAACUCUACAUCAACCAUCCUGACAAGUUCAGGCAGUAUGGAUUGUGGGAGAGGUAUGCAGACUUAUACCCUGAUGGUGAUCUUGUCUACACAAUUGGGGCUAGUGACUAUACUAAAGACUGGUUUUUUGCCCAAGUUACCAGGCGCAAAGAUAACGGAUACAAAGGAACGACAUGGCAGAUAAAAUUCAAGCUCGACAGGGUAACCCAAGAUGGGACUUAUAAGCUCAGAGUUGCUCUUGCAUCUGCCGCAAUAUCCGAUUUGCAGGUUCGCUUCAACGAUGCAAAUGCAAAUCCUCCUCAUUUUGCAACCGGUAGGAUUGGUAUGGACAACGCAAUUGCCAGGCACGGAAUCCAUGGACUGUAUUGGCUAUUCAAUAUUGACAUUGUCAAUGCGUGGCUUGUCGAAGGUGACAAUACCAUCUUCCUCACCCAGGCAAGAAGCUCGAGUCCUUUUCAAGGCAUCCUCUACGACUACAUUCGUAUGGAAGGGCCACCGUCCUCAGAAGUUACCUUCUGAUUUUAAUACUCUUUGACUAGAAAUCUGGAACUUCGAUUAUUUCUGCGCUGGAUGCAUGCGAUUGACUACGUGUAUGUUGGGACAUUCCUUUCAUUUUCUACUUGUUUAUGAGAGAAGUGUCACUUUCCUGCGAAAGUUCCUCCCACACUUAAUGGCGUUCUUUUUUCUUUUC